CAACGCAGCAAUCGCCCUCCUAUAAUUAAAGUGUUGAUUAUUCGCAUUCCGAUGUUUUUCGUCGCGGUCGAGCUGCAGUUUCAACACGUUUUAUUCCCAUACUCGUUUAGUUUGACUUAGAAGAAGUACGUUACACUUUAGUUUAAAUCUGCAAGAAAGAAAAUGGCUGCGACUUUAAUUCGAGGCAUGAACUAUCAUAUGAAAAUAAAGAAGUCUCUUAGAACGCAAGCAGUGACUUAUAUGUUCUCGGCCUCUUUAGCAGCAGGUGCCGUCGCUUACACUUUGAUGUGUAAAGCCGACAUUUCAAUCAACCGUUGGGGCAACAAGAGACCGAUGGACAAAGUGGAUCCGACUCAGCCCGAGCAAAAGUUGUUCACAGCUUUGGAGGAGGACAGGAGAAGGUAUAAGAUGGAUGGAGCGGUGGACGGUCUACGAAAGGAGAUUUACAAAGGGGUUGAAUUCUACACCAGGUCACCUCCCUACUUGAAGACCAAUUAACUUUCUAUCCUUUUCUGUUUGUUUCUGUAACUUGAUAGUUGAUAUAUCAGCAUGUAUUCCUCCGAAUAAAAGAAAGCGCUACGGAAUCGUU